CCCUCCCGAGGGGAGCCCGCGCGUCACUUCCGCCCGCUCGGUCCGGCAGCUCCAACAUGGCGGCGUCCUGCGGCUCCUCGCAGCUCCCCGCCGCCGAGCCGCCGCUGAAGAUCCCCAAGAUGGAGGUGCUGUCGCCGGGCUCGCCGGGCGCGCUGAGCGACGGCAACCCCAGCCUCUCCGACCCGUCCACCCCUAGCGGCGCCUCCCCCCUCGGCCCGGGGCCGGCGGCCGGCGGGGCCGGGCUGGGGGGCGGCGGCGGCGGCGCGGGGGGCCGCGGCGGGGCCUCGCCCUCCGUCUCCUUCUCGCCGGGCGGUGCCGCCGCCGCCGCCGCCGCCGCCGCUUGCCGCGGCAUGUCCUGGACGCCGGCGGAGACCAACGCGCUCAUCGCCGUGUGGGGCAACGAGCGGCUGGUGGAGGCGCGCUACCAGCAGCUGGAGGGCGCCGGCACCGUGUUCGGCAGCAAGGCCCCCGGGCCCGCCAUGUACGAGCGCGUCUCCCGCGCGCUGGCCGAGCUGGGCUACGAGCGCACCCCCUCGCAGUGCCGGGAGCGCAUCAAGCAGCUUCACAAGAGACAGAGUGAGUUAGUAAGGAAUGCAAAAUAUACCCUUCGCAGGUGUUACAGCCGUGUGAAGGAGCAUGGUGUUGGGAAGAGGAAAAGCAGCUACACGUUUGAACAGCUGGAGCAGGUGUUUGGACAGGGAGGAUGGGAUUCCCAGCCCUGCCAGCCUGUCCUCAUUAACAGCAGUGGCUUGUAUCAAGAGCUGGAGUCGGAUGGCAGCACGAUGGAAGAGUAUUCGCAGGAGGACUGGGGAAACCACAGUCAGGAUCUUCAUUGCUACCAGACUGGUGAACAGGAAUUGGAUGAAAUGCCUACCACAAAAAGAACAUUAAAGAUAAAACAGGAAUCUUCAGAAGACACUCAAGGAUGAACUUACACUUCCAAAAGUCUAAAGCGCAAGUCUGAGAUGACAUCUUCCAAGCGUAGUGACACUGCUGCUCAGCAUCUGAAGAAGCAUCAGGAAAGCUAUAGAGAAUGUUCUUUCCACUUUUAUCCAUUGAAAAAGUUCAGGCUUGUAUGCUGUAGGGUUUGUAAACAUAAAUGUAUUUGAAGUAAAUACUCAUGUGCUUUUCUUGUAUGGUGUUUCUCUCCUAGUCUUCUCUUCUGCUGCUAGGCUGGGGAAAGUGGAAGUGACUUCUAAGAAGUAAUUUAAAAUAAGAAAAAAGAGUUUGUUGACAAUGCAACAGGUGUUUUUAACAACCUCUGGCUCUUACCUUGUGCUUUCCAAGCAGUUUCCCUCCUUAGUGCUCUACAAACUCUGUUACGUGUUGAUCACAGCAGCGAUGCGCUUACCAAAAUGCCUUUUAAGGUUUAUCCAGACAUUCUUCUGCUUGGUUGGCAAGAUUGCUGCUGCUAGAAAGCUGAAAUACACUGCAUGCUAGAUGGAUAAAGCCCUACCUCUCACUGGGUGGAGUGAGUGAUUUCGGCCUGGGCUGCUCAGACUCAGUGUGUUGGGCUUGGGCUUGUGUGAAGCUUGCAGAGCCAGUGGUCACCUAACACGUGUAAAGUUGUUCAGCAGGGAGCGUAACAGUCCUGAGACCAGGCCGACUUCAGUCUGCCAAGGAAGAAAUGGAUAGCUUAGAGUAAACCCAGCAGUUGGAGAGCUUUCCCAAAAUCACGUGUUGCAUUUGGGAAAACGCAGCGUGCCAGUCCGUGUUCCUUUAUAUUAAACUUCACUGUGGAGUUGAACCACCUGCCUGGCAAACUGAAGUCAGUCCCCAGCAGUCCUCUGAGUAAAAUAGAUAAAACUUGGGAUGCUGUUGCCUCUUCAUUUUUGUCCCUGUAAAGUAAGCUGGAGCAUACUAGGCUUGAUUUGGAUGUGCAGCACCUAGGAAGAAAAAAAAAAAGCUUUUUGAGCUGAGAAGCUGUGAAGUUGAUGGAACGAUUGAACCCCUCUCGCGCUGUGGAAAGGGUCUGUAGCUCCCAACGCUUUUUUUCCUUUGAACCGUUAGAUCAAUAUAAUGCAAAAGUGGAAAGAGAUACCUUUAUAACCUGCCUGUGUUCCACGUAGAGAUUUUUUGGGCAGAAAAGUAACUGUGAGAAUCUCAGCCCCGUGUCUGUCCCGUGCAGUUUGUGGGGUGUUGUCUGCUAUUGCUUAAGGAGUUGUUUCAUAACCGGUUGAUACUUCUGACCUUACAGUCUCACCAGUCUCAUGCCCUAACUCUGUAGGGAGCUGUUACAGACGGCUGAUUUUAGGGAAUUAAAGCAAUCUUCGUGAACACAGCAAACACAAGUUGCCUCAGGUAAAAAGAAGCAGCUUUGGCAGCUCCUCACUUACUGCAAGCUUGUGGAGCUCUGCUGCCUUUGGUGCUGGUCCAUGAUGAAUCGGCAGAGGUGGGUGGUAAGAGCCCGUAAGAAGAAGGGAGUUCAUGUGCACCCCGCAGAAGAAAGCUCUGUCACCCGCUGCAGGGACUGAGGUGCGUUAUGUCGUUCUGAUGGGAAGUGGGAGGAGAAAACGCAUCCAGUAGCUUCAGCCCCUGAUCCUCUCUGGGACGUGGUGACACCCAUAUGAUUGCAGUGCAGAUUUACAGAUGUAGUGUAACAGGUAGGUGAGGAGAGUUGAGUGGAGCUAGCUCUCAAAUGACUUUGGCUGGACCAAGAUGUUUCUCAGUUACCAACAGUAUUGUGCUAUCUUCCUGUGACUUGGAUUAUAGGGCAAGAAUUCUCAAAAUCAAUAGUUCUGUCUACUAAUUAUGUUCGAAGUGUCUCAUUCAUCCUGCUUACUUCAGAUGUAUGCAAAUGCUCCUGCCUGAUCGCUUAGCAAUGCGUGAAUCCCUGCAGUGAAACUUACUUUGACACUGGCGUCGUUAUUAGCAGCCAAAAGAAAUCUUUGGAAAUGCAAGCGCUUCGUUAUUUGAUCUCUGGAGGGAUUUCAGAUAUGCAUCGUGGUGCGGCUUAAUGCUUCGCUUGUGUCCCGAUCCAGCAGCAAGCUGUGGAGUAGGGAAUCUUCGCUUGCAUCUUCUGCUCUGCAGAGGCGCACUUGUCGCGGGUGGAUUUGGGUUGUGGUUUGUGGCCUGGGUGAGUUCUCCACGUCCCGGGAGCCCUGUUUCUUGCCCAGUGCUGGCAGCGAGCCUUUGGAUCUCCUUGGCUUGUUUUGUGUUUUUACAAUUACAACCCGUUGUUCGCUGACACUAAUUUCAGGGUAGUGACUUAGGUGGAAGCAUGUGAGUGUCGGUAACAAAUUAGGGAUGCAGCUUCAGUUGUCUUUGAUGGACCGCGUGCUGAUGUGCACGCACAGCUUCUGGGCAAGAUAGUAAUUUUCCAAAUAAGCAAGAAGAGGAUGUCUGCGUGCAGUUGGUUGAAACGAGAGCCUUAGGUAAGAGGAAAAGAGGGGGAUUGCUCUGGAAAAGUCAGCCCUGGUCUUCACUGUAGUUGCUCACUGUGCUUGCAAACUUUUUUUUUUUUUCAUUUGGGAAGCUGAAACAAAAUCCAUUUCCAUUUUUGGAAUUAUGGAAGCGUGGAGGUAAAAACAGACAACCCUUUUGCCUCAAGAAGAAAGGAAAGUUCUGGGUUUUUUGUUUUGUUUUUUUUUUGAGCAAGGUGAAGGCAAAUGCACUUAGACUUCUGUGAGGAAACAGCAGGACAAGCUGAAGCAAAGUAUUUCAGGGCUGUACAUGCAUCUGUUAAAAAAAAAAAAAAAAAAGAGUUCACAUUAAUUUAGUGGUACCAGAGAAAUGUUUGCUUGCAGUUGCUUUUAAGCAAUACAGGUACAUUUCUACAGUGUGGUUCUGGGUGUGGUGGUAGCAAUAAGAGCAGAAAUCUUUCUCUGAACCUGAACUUGGAGAUCUCUCAGCAGGGCAGCUCACGUUUUCUUCUCCGGGUUAUUUCCAGCAGAAAGCACAGUUUGCUAGAGGGGAUUGGAUGGAGUUCAGUUUCUUGUUUGAGAGUUUUUUUGUUUUGUUUUUGCUGAGGUUAAUUAAAAGACAUCAGUGUGGUGUUGCAGUCUGGAAAUUCAUGUAGCAAUGUAGGAUGUAUACAGUAAUUAAAUACCCAUGGCUUAAAAAGCAGUCUAGCAAAUGUGCAGCGUGGUGGUUCUUUAGCUCCUCAGCACGUGAAUUUUCGCAAUUGUCUUGUCAGCCUUGACACUGCCCAAUUCAUAAAGAUUCUGUAAAGCAGUGCUGAGAUCGAGCCUUCCCCGUGCAGACAGCAGCAGCCCUGCUCGCACCUUCUCUGCUGUGCCUUGUGCCGAGCAGCAGAUUAGUGUUUUCUGAAAGCUGGUGUGUUGGCUGGGGUGGUUUAGCAGCUCUGAUCUUAGCCGAGCGGUUACUGACAGCUUACCCUUCUGUUCA